AGACUCGAACGGUUUCAAACGUUUCAGUCCGAAUUGGUGAACUGGUUCUUCCGGUUCGCUAAAAAGAACCGCUUAAAUAGAAAGAUUCGUUCGUGUUCGGGACAUCAUCACAACUAGUCUGUUGUACUUGUGUUCACAUAUGAGCAGGAUGUUCACGUACACGGUGUCUGUCACUACUGGCAAUCAGGAGUUUGCUGGAACGAAUGAUUACAUUUACCUGACGCUGGUGGGCUUGGAGAGAUGCAGUGACCAGACUCUCCUGGACAAAUCCUUCUUUGACAGCUUUGCAAGAGGAUCGGUGGCAUCUGUCGACGUCAGCGUGAAGGAGAUCCUUGGAGACAUAGUGCUGGUGAAACUUCAGAAGGGGAAAUUCUUGUUCAAUGAUCAGUGGUACUGCAGAUGCAUCAAUGUGACGACUCCGUCUGGGGAACACUUCGAGUUCCCCUGCUAUCGCUGGAUAGCAAAUGAACAGGAAGUGGUUCUUCGAGAUGCCAAGGGUCGAUUACCUCAGGAUGAUAAUAUGAAAGCGAUCAGGCGCAUGGAGCUGGAAUCCAGACAACGAAUGUUCAGGUGGAAGGAGUGGCGCACUGGUUUCCCCCUGAGCAUCGAUGCCAACACAAGCAGUGAACUUCCUUUGGACAUUCAGUUUGAAACGGCAAAAUCUGUGGACUUCUCUUUGAAUUUCAUUGAAGCGAUUGCCAAUCUUGGUCUUAAUGAAUUUAUGAAAUUGUUCCAGUCCUCUUGGACCUAUAUUGAAGAUUUCAGAAAAAUAUUUGUGAAAAUCAAGAACACGGUGUCAGAACAUGUGAUGCAGAACUGGAAUGAGGACUUAAUGUUUGGCUAUCAGUUCUUGAACGGCUGCAAUCCUGUGAUGAUCAGUAAGUGCAUGAAUCUUCCAGACAACUUUGCAGUCACACAGGAGAUGGUGGAAAGAUCCCUGGAUAGAGGUCUCACACUACAUGAGGAAUUGAAGGAAGGAAACCUCUACAUAGCAGACUAUGCAAUACUGGAGGGAGUGCAACCCAACGCCACAGACCCAGAUACCCAGCAGUAUUUGGCUGCUCCCUUCUGUCUGCUGUACAAGAACAGACAGAAUGAAAUUCUACCGAUUGCUAUUCAGCUCAGACGUCAGACCACCGCAGAGGUCUUUCUCCCAAGCGAUGAUCAGUACGACUGGAUGCUGGCCAAGAUGUGGGUGAAAUGCUCCGACUUCAAUGUACACCAGCUGGUCACACACCUUCUGAGGACACAUCUGACCUCUGAGGUUUUUACCAUCGCCAUGUACAGACAGCUCUCUGCAGUCCAUCCCAUAUACAAGUUGCUGAUCCCUCAUGUACGUUACACCGUUGCCAUCAACACUGCAGCUCGUGAAAAACUAAUCAGUGAAUCUGGAGUCUUUGAGAAGGCUAACGGCACCGGUGGGAUUGCAGUUGUUGAAGUGAUUAAUAAGGCCAUGAAGACUUUAACCUACAAGUCCAUGUGCUUUCCUGAGUCUGUGAAAGCUCGAGGAGUGGACAACAAGGACGAGCUGCCCAACUACUACUAUAGAGAUGAUGGUAUGAUGGUCUGGGAGGCAGUGAGAAGUUUCGUUUCUGAUGUGGUCAGGAUCUACUACAGCAGUGAUGAGUCUGUUCAGGAGGACGAGGAAAUCCAGGCAUUUGUUCAAGAUGUUUGUUUCUCUGGUAUGAAGAACUGUCCCCAGAAUGGUGAAUUCCCAGAGUUCCUGAAAACUCGAGAGCAGUUGGUCGAGUACAUGACUGUUGUGAUUUUCACAGCUUCAGCACAACAUGCUGCUGUUAACUUCGGACAGUUUGACUGGUUUGCCUGGGUCCCCAACAGUCCUUCCACCAUGAGGAAGCCUCCUCCCACACAGAAGGGCCAGGUGGAUAUGAAGUACAUCAUGGAGAGUCUGCCGGACCGUGGACGUGCCAGUUGGCAUCUAGGAGCGGUCUGGGCCCUCAGUCAGUUCCAGGACGGAGAGCUGUUUUUAGGUGUGUAUCCAGACAACUACUUCACUGAGCAACCAGUCAUUGAAGCCACUACGACUUUCCGCAAGAAAUUAAUUGAAGUAACCAACAUCAUCAAGAACCGAAAUGAAAAACUGAAAUUGCCUUAUUGGUAUCUGUCUCCAGACAGAAUCCCCAACAGCGUCGCCAUCUGAGAGAACAACUCUGGGAAAUGUGUGUUUAAGGAUUUUAGUGAAAAUAGUAAUCUGGAUGAAAAUAAUACAUCACACACACUCACAUCAAAAACACAAGUGAAUACACAAAGAAUUGAAUGUCUAUACAAAAUAAAACCAAAGAAAUAAGCAAUCAACAUUCACAGUAAUUGAAAUGUGAUGCAUUUAGGGAUUCUCAUCAGCACCCUGUGGGAAAGUGUUACUUCAGGAGAGCAACCAUCUGAAAACAUACAAACAAAUGUAGUUUUUAUAAUCAUUAUUCAUUCAUGUAGUUGUCAUUUGAUUUAGAAUUUAAUCGUGUUACAUUUAUGACUUUUCAUCAUUUAUCCAUAAUUUUGUUAUUCUUAAAUUGUCUUAAAUUUUAUGUUUUUAUAUAUUUUAUAUUACUUACUUAUUAUUUACUUUCUAUCUUAUGAUUGUUGGGUUUUCGUAACAAAAUAACACUUGUUGGAUUUGUACUGUACUGGUAAGUCUAAAUUAAACCAAUUCUGCUCAUUUUUACCAUCA